AUGGCCAACCGGACGAUCAAAGACGCGAAGACAGUCCACGGAACCAAUCCUCAGUAUCUCAUAGAGAAGAUCAUCAGAACUCGUAUUUAUGAGUCCAGUAUGCUGUUGAUACUGAUCGGUGCCAUCGUUUUGGCACAAAUAGGUCUCAUCUAUUGGAGGAAAAAGAGUUUCAAGAGUUACCAAAACGUGUCGAUGAUAGGCAUGUGGUUCGUGCCCUUCGCCCUCUCCCUAUACAACCAUUGGUUCCGAUUUGUGGCCAUUUGGUUGGCUAUCUCUUUGGUCACCUGCGCUCUCAUCAGUAAACCCCUGUUUAAUAAGCACCUGAACGCCGGAUCCAUUCCUCGGCUCAUCUAUAAGUGGUUUUAUUUAUUGUAUUCGUUGUCAUCGGUUGUGGCCGUAAGCGGUUAUAUGAUAAUUAUGGCCACUUUGUUGGGCAUAAACCUAUUGCUCGGCCUUAAGCCCAACGUUCCGCUAGACUUCGGCUUUUUGUUACUGUUUUACGGCAUUUAUUACGGGGUUCUGACCCGUGAUUUCACAGACUUUUUAGUGGACUUAUUGGCGGCGAAUAUCGGCUACUAUUCGCCGUCGUCUUCACUGCCAUCAAAACAACUCAAAUCAAGCGUUUGCGCCAUUUGUGGCCGCAAUCACAGCGAGUCCGCCGAAGAGAAGACGUAUACGUUGACGUGCGGACACACUUACCACGAGUAUUGCAUCUACGGGUGGUGUUUGGUGGGCAAGAAGCAGGUCUGUCCCUUCUGUCGCGAGAAAGUGGAUCUCAACAAACUCUUCGCAUCGCUUCCCUUCCAAAAGCCGCACUAUCUGUACGGAAAUCUACUCGACUUUAUCCGCUAUUUGAUCGCUUGGCAACCGAUCAUCAUAUUUGCCGUCCAGUGCUUCAACUAUGUCCUCGGCUUAGAGUGA